ACUCAGCAGUAUGACGUGUGUUUCAGCUCAGACACGCUCAAGAGUGACGUAGUGGUUUUCCCCGCCCCGUUUCCACCUGUAGAUGCGGAACUAAUCAGUAUUAACGGAGGAGACACUUUUACCAGGACUCAGACUUUACCUAACAAAGAGAAGGUAAGAUGCUUUCAAUCACUAAUUCCAGUUCAAGGGAUACCACCCCUGUCUGUAUUUUGAUACCCGCACAUAGCAUAAUACUGUAAUGUCAGUGUACAUGGUUUAAUGCAAAAUUCGUACAUUCAUACAGAAAAGUAGAUUACAUACGUUUUUAUUAGGGUAAUGCUACAACUAUAACUUCCCUCACUGAAGUAUUUUCUUAAUCAAUCGACUAUAUGAAAAGUGCUGGUCUAAUACAGUAAAUAACUAGUAAUUAUAUGGUCUGAAGCUGCAUAAUGGGAAAGGCGCUCUCCGCGGUGCUGAUUUCUCUUUGUCUGCUAGUCGUGUUUAGCUUCAUGUCCUAAAAUAGCUUAUCUAUGAGUCUCAACACCAUAAACUUGUAUAAAUAAAAUUUUAAAGUUACAUGCCCAUAAAUGAUCAGCUGGUCUAUAAUUUGUACCAUAUAAUUUACAGUACCUAAUAUGUUCGCCUGGAAAGGCAAAAUCGUUGGUUAUAUAACUUGUAAUGUUUUAACUGAAUGUGAAGAUUUUCUCUUUUCUACUUAACAAAACUCUUCCCUGAUUGCGUAGUUCCAAUUUACCUGGCUUUUUUUAGUGUGCACGACGUUUUCUGCAGCACAAAAAGUUAAUAUCUUAUGACAUCUGAUAUUCGUGAUCCAUUUCUGGUGUGUUUGGGAAAACAAACAAUCUCUAAAUAUUAAACUGUUGUCGAUAAAAGGAACACUAGAUGUCGCCCAAGACCACAAACUCACUGAUGUAGAUUAUGAGUUAAAGCUCCACCUUCACUGUUGGUGAAAUAGGAGACAGCCUCUGCGUUUCUGUCCGGGUUAGUAAAUCGCCUCGUCUUGAACGAUGGUAUCUACGUGUAGAGAGCUUGGUAGUCUUUCGGAUAUUUGUCUGCAUUAGUGAAUGAAGUGCGUUUAUUUCUCUGGAAUAAUAUCUACAAAACAGAAUGAGUCUCCGACACCACAGAGAGGGGGGAUGGAUGUUGUUCGCCAUUACUCUUUGUUUAUCCGGCUACUGUGUUGCUCAGAUUUCCUACUCCGUUUCUGAGGAGGUGGACAAAGGCACGGUAGUGGGGAAUAUCGCGAAGGAUUUGAACAUUAAUACACAACAACUGGAGGAACGAGGAUUUCGGAUUGUAUCGGGAUACAGUAAGGCAUAUUUUGAGGCUAAUUUACGGACAGGAGCUUUGUUCGUUGGCGAAAGAAUAGACCGAGAAGAGCUUUGUCCUAAUUUACCAAAGUGUUCUUUAAAUAUAGAGGGACUGUUAAACCAUCCCAUGAAUAUUUAUCGCAUUGAAGUCAGCAUUGUGGACGUCAACGAUAACGCUCCGACAUUCCUUGAACAAAUCCAUGUGUUUAAUAUCUCCGAAUCGUCUUCAACGGGAGAGAGGUAUCCGCUCCCGGCAGCUCAGGAUGCAGACACUGGCAGCAAUUCAGUGAAAUCCUACAAAUUAAGUCCAAACGAGCAUUUCUCCACAGAUGUCAGUAGCGGAGGAGACCAUUUGUCUGCUGAGUUAGUGCUGCAAAAAGCUUUAGAUCGAGAGAAACAAUCCGUUAUUAAACUAACAUUGACAGCCGUUGAUGGGGGAAAGCCUGUGAGAUCUGGCACCAUGCAGAUUUUUGUGAAUGUCAUAGACGUUAACGAUAACACGCCUUCAUUUAGUAAGGCGCUUCAUAAAGUAAUCGUCAGUGAAAGUGUGCCUAUAGGUACAACAAUACUCAAAUUAAAUGCAACAGACUUGGACGAGGGUUCAAACUCAGACGUCAGGUAUUCUUUACUGAAAAGAGGAAAUGUAGAUUCCCCUGAAAAGUUCAUUGUUAUUCCUGAGAGCGGUGAAAUCAUUGUGAAGGGUAAUCUGGAUUACGAGGAAAGCACUGCAUAUGAAUUACGAGUGCGCGCUAGCGACCAAGGCGCUUCCCCUCGUAGCGGUUAUUCUAAAGUGCUGUUAGAGAUUGUUGAUGUCAAUGACAAUGCACCACAGAUUUCAGUAACUUCACUUAUGAGCCCAGUAAAGGAAAAUGCUGAAAUUGGAACAGUAGUUGCACUUGUGACUGUAACGGAUAAAGACGGGGGGCAAAAUGGCCUCACCACUUGUAAAUUGAAAGAUUCCAUCCCAUUUAAAUUAAAGUCAAAUUACAGAAACUAUUACUCAAUAGUAGUUAACGGUCAGCUUGACAGGGAGACUUUAUCACAAUACAGUGUAACUAUAAUCGCUACCGAUGAAGGCAGUCCGCCUCUUUCAAGCAGUGCUGUAAUCACUGUGCACAUUUCUGAUGUUAAUGAUAAUGCACCGAGUUUUCCAGAUGGCUAUAUUAAUAUUUACGUGAAAGAGAACAGUAAAGUGGGAGAUAUAAUCACAAAAGUGACAGCAUGUGACGCUGACACAAAUGAAAAUGCUAAAUUAACGUAUUCGUUAAUAGAGAACUAUCCGAAUCAAUUUUCGAUUUCAACUGUUUUAAACAUAAACUCAGAGACUGGAGACAUAAUCAGCCUGCAGUCUUUUAAUUACGAGGAGCUGAAAAUGUUCCACUUUAAAGUUCAGGCCACAGACUCUGGUGUUCCUCCACUCAGCAGCAACGUCACUGUCAACGUUUUAAUCCUGGAUGAAAAUGACAACAGUCCCACGAUUCUCGCGCCAUAUUCUGAGCACGGCUCCGUUAACAGUGAGAGCAUCCCCUAUUCUGCUGAAGCGGGAUACUUUGUGGCAAAGAUCAGGGCUGUUGACGCAGACUCUGGAUACAAUGCGCUGCUUUCUUAUCACCUAUCUGAGCCCAAAGGAAACAACUUGUUCAGGAUCGGAACCAGCACCGGGGAGAUCAGGACUAAGAGGAGAAUGAGUGACAAUGACCUCAAAACUCAUCCCUUGGUGGUCUUGGUCUCUGAUAAUGGAGAACCCUCCCUGUCAGCUACUGUGUCGAUUGAUGUGGUGGUGGUUGAAAGCACGGCUGAAAUCCAGACUCAGUUCAGACAUAUGCCUGUAAAGGAGGACAGCUUCUCGGAUUUGAACCUGUAUCUGCUGAUCGCCAUUGUGUCGGUGUCCGUCAUCUUUCUGCUCAGCCUCAUCACUUUAAUAGCAGUCAGAUGCCACAGGACAGACGGCACUUUCAGCAGGUACAGCGCCCCCAUGAUCACCACCCACCCUGACGGGAGCUGGUCUUACUCUAAAGCUACUCAGCAGUAUGACGUGUGUUUCAGCUCAGACACACUCAAGAGUGACGUAGUGGUUUUCCCCGCCCCGUUUCCACCUGUAGAUGGAGAACUGAUCAGUAUUAACGGAGGAGACACUUUUACCAGGACUCAGACAUUACCUAACAAAGAGAAGGUAUGUGCUUUUGAGUUUUUAUUUGAGUGCUUUCUGUUUACAAUUUAGAUUUUAUAUUCACCGCAUCAUCAGACUCUCAAAUUAAAGCAACGAAAAAGUAGGAAUCCCCCGGUUGUCAUAGCCGUUAAUAUCACCGCUUAUUGUAAUAUCAGCACUCACGAUUAACCUUCUUAUCUACCACACUUCGAGAACAAAGCGAUCGUGCCCAUUUUGUUCCCCUGUUUUUUUAGAUUCCUGUCUGCUUAACAAAUCAUUGCUCAUGCUGGUGGCUACAGCGCUAUCCGUGGUGCUGAAACAAAGAUGCAACGUUACGAUUGAACUCUCAGUGCCAGUAUACUCAGAACCUUUUUUUAUUUAUUUAUUAAAAUUAGUUAAAAGCACAAGGUCAUAUUUUGGCGAAGAGGUGUUUUCUUUUUUUUUAUUAUUAUUAUUAUUGUAUCACUUCUGUUUUAUUUCAUUUUAAUUUGCUGUGAAUUCACUUUCUUUCUAAAUACACUGCACUACUGAGGUAAUAUUCUAGCCUUUAAUGCCUCUUCAGAGUUUCGGGUUCAUGUCUAAAAACGGAUAUGCGCAAAUAUUUAAGUAUUAUAUAUAAAAACUGACAACUGACCAAGACAAAAACUCCAAGACUGGAAACGUAAUUGUAAAAUAUUUGUAAUGCAACAAAUCAUGGGGGCUUAAUGUUGCUCAUAUUUCUCUUGAGUCGUCUCACAUUUGCCACACGGUGUCGUUGGAGACCGUAUAAACAAUUGUAUAUCUAUAACUCCACCCUGUACGGGAAUACUGAGGCCGUCAUUGGACACCAGUUUAAAGACACAUUGGGACUAUACUGUGGCGAGAAGGGCUGCUGCUGCUGGAUAAUGGUGUUUAUAGCGGAUAUUUACAGGAUAUAGAAUCAUCUGGAUUUACAGAUUUAUGCGUUGACUGUUCAA